CUGGGGCCCUCGCUCUUAGGCGGGCGCGCCCGGCCUGGUUUGCUAGGGGGGGCACAGCCCGGUCUCCAGCGCAGCGCCAUGGGGAAAGUGCUGGUGCUCGCCCUGGCCGGGCUCCUCGCCGCCCUCUUCGGGGAGAGGCUAAUGGAGUUUCGACGUAAAAUGAAUGCCUCCAGAGAGCUGGAACCAGUGGAACUUCCCAACUGCCAGCUUAUUAAAGGAAUUGAAAGAGGUGCAGAAGAUAUUGACAUCCUUCCUGAUGGCCUGGCUCUCAUUAGUUCUGGUUUAAAAUAUCCAGGUUUAAAAAGCUUUGCUCCAGACAAGCCAGGUGAAAUAUUUUUGAUGGAUUUGAAUGAUGAAAACCCAAGAGCAGUAGAACUCAGGAUCAGCCGCGGGUUUGAUCUGGCAUCAUUUAACCCUCAUGGGAUCAGCACUUACAUAGACAAAGAUGACUCAGUGUACCUCUUCGUUGUGAAUCAUCCAGAGUUCAAGAGCACAGUUGAGGUGUUUAAAUUUGUGGAAGAUGAAAAUUCUCUUGUACACCUGAAAACUAUCCGACACCAACUUCUGUCAAGAGUGAAUGAUAUUGUGGCUCUGGGACCUGAUCAUUUCUAUGCAACUAAUGACCACUAUUUCUUUAACUCCAUCUUGACGUUCUUGGAGUUGUUCUUGGGCUUGCCCUGGUCAAAUGUUGUCUACUACAGUCCAACAGAAGUUAAAGAGGUAGCCUCUGGGUUUUACUCAGCCAAUGGAAUUAACAUUUCACCAGACAAAAAGUAUGUUUAUAUUGCUGACCUGAUGGCUCAUCGUGUCCAUGUUAUGGAAAAACAUGCUAACUGGAAUCUAACUCAGUUGAAGGUGCUGGAAUUGGACACACUAGUCGAUAACUUAUUUGUUGAUCCUUACACUGGGGAUGUUUGGGGAGGAUGUCAUCCCAAUGGCAUGAAGCUGUUCUUCUAUGAUCCUGAGAAUCUUCCUGGUUCUGAGGUAAUCCGGAUCCAGAACAUUCUUUCUGCAAAACCUACAGUGACCCAGGUGUAUGCUGAGAAUGGCUCAGUGCUUCAGGGAUGUUCAGUUGCUGCAGUGUAUUCUGGGAAACUGCUCAUAGGCACAGUGUUCCACAGAGCUCUUUACUGUGAACUAUAGCUCACUCUGGGUAGACUUUGUUGAGGGGAGGGUUCAGUUUCUUCUAAAUUGCUAAUAAUUCCAAGCUACAUUGCAAUAAGAGUUAUGAAAAUGUAUUCCUAGCCUUCCUCGCCUCAAGGAGCUAACAUCAGUUCUAUUCAGUGGUGAACAGAAAUGGAUUUAAAGGUAAAAAUGUGGGUGAUUGUGUGGGGAUUAAUGUGGAAGAUCCCAGGCCAAUAACAAGGUGUGGAUGUAAAUUACAAAUUCAACAUUAAAAGAAAAUGGCUGAAAAUUAGUUGGUUCUUGGGUUACCAACUGUGAUCAGACUUCGGGGGAGUUGAUGAUCUGCCUACUGUGUAAAAUAAUGGAGGUAUUGUUGAAUAAACACGUCAUUUCGUGGUUUGGAUCAGUGACCCAAGUACUUUGGCAGGGAGGAGGGGCUCCUUUUCCCCCCUCCAUCAGUUUUCCCUAGGCUGUAAGAAAUUAUUUGAAACACAUGGGUUGCCUUCUCAUGAACCUGUUUUCGGACAUACUCUUGUCUGCAUACGAGAGUAUUAGGUGCAUGAUUUAAAUAAUCCUUCAAAGAAUGAGUUCAAAAAUCUCUUCUUUCUGAAGAGGUCUGAAAUUCCUUAACCAAACAGUGUCUUGGAGCCUGCAGUCUCUCCAUACAGCCAGAGGAGCAGUGGUGAAAGCUGCACCACAGCGAAGGCCUUUAGCAUAGAGUGCAGUUUGUGCACUAUGUGUUUAAUUUCCAUGCUGUGUGAAAGUGCCACGCUCACGGCAAAGGUUUCUACCGCCAUUUGCUAGAAUGGCACAGUCCACACUGUGUAAUCAUUGUAUUGGUGAGGCUCAUAUGAUCUUUGUCUGCUAGCCAGUAUGCUACUCCACCCCCUCGAGACUAAAGAAUUCUGCCACUGUUUCUCUAGCAAGAAGACAGGCGGUAUGGUCUUGGAGAGUGAACUCAGGACUUGGAAUCAGGGACAGCUGCAUUCUAAUCAUACUUCUGCCAUGGCUGAGCUGUGUUGCUGGGGAGAGGUUACUUAACCACUCUCACGCCCUUUCUUCAGCUGUAGAUUGGGGGGAGAGAUGCCAAGGGCACAGAACAGUUAUGAGGAAUGAUAGAAAAUGUGAAAGCAGCAUCACUUCAGUGCCAGCUCCCUGAUCUGCAAUGGGAGGUUGCUGUACUGGAUCGGGUAGAACACUGCCACGGGAGCAAGUGUCGAGGCAACCUGUCCUGAAGCUGUGGCUGUCGUACUCUUCCUGUGGCUUAAACUCUCUUGACUGCACUGGGAAGCAACUACCAGGAGCUCUGACGGGUUAUUUUUAAUGAUCCUUUGUAUAAAAAAUCCAUGUGCAGUAGAAGGGAAAAAUUCUAGUCAGCUGGGUUAUAAUUCUACCCAUGGCAGAUGAGGCUGGGCAAAGGAGCUAGUAAUAUUCUAAACCAUGAGAGCAAAAGGUCAGCCUUAGAGGUAGAAUUCUAGCCCAUGGUUAAAAAAGGCCCCGUGCAUUAUCAAUCUAGGAACAGAGAUAACUGCUAUUGGUUCCCUUCCCUAUUGCUACCCCUGCCUCCAUGUUCCGGUUAGAUUCUGCUCGCUCCAAAUCCUCUCUUUGCUGUCUGAGCCACCUUUCCAAACACGCUGGGCUCUAGCGUCAGUGCUGCUAAUGGGGAGAGAGCAUUGUACUAAGUGAGCAACUCAGGUGUGGCUGCUAUCAGUGAGUUACAAGGUGAUAAAAUGGUCAGUUUCCUGUACCAUGGUGGCUAGGCUGUUGUGACUUUGCGAUCUAAGACUCUGCAAUACUAGAUUACUUUCUAAUCACAGCAACUUGGCAGCAGCAACUGUGGUUGGAUAGAGAAUGUGUUGUUUUUACAGAAACAGAGAAGGGCCUAGUGAGGUCUGGCUCAAGGGGAAAAUAAAGCAACUGUAUAGCUCUCUCACUGGCUGCUCUAGGGGUCAUGCUAGCAUGUGCAGAAUCAGUCCUGCACCCCCUCUCCACUGAUGAGCCCCACUCUAGUGGGGGUGGGGGGAGACAUGGCCAAGGCAUUCCUGUGACCUGGCUACUUGCUCACUGCUGUAACAGCCCCAGGGCUCAUAGGGACCAGAGCACAGGUUAGGGCUGCCCCACCUGAACUGGAAGCUAACUAGAAGCCACAUGUGAUUGCCUUCCAAUGUGGGGGCUAACUCAUGGCGGUGAAGAGCCUGGGUCUGGAACAGAGGGGAGGUGCCUUGCAUCUGGUGCAAACUGAGGAACUCUGCAUCAGUACCAGCAUGAACCUAACCCCUGAAUGCCAGAGAACGCACUGUAUGCUCAUUUGCCUUUAUUUUAGGGGGAGCAAACUGGCUGCCCCAGCAGCUUCUCUCCCUGCAGCAUUUGUUUAAUAUGAACAAGUAGGGAAAGCACAGCUUCCUCCUCCCCCACUUUUUCCAAAGCACAAACUGGGCCAUUUGGGGGAAGUACUAAUAGAAAGUCAUAUGUCUUCAAAUAUACUUUGUUCUGGAAUAUGUUCUAGUCUUGUGGUUAAUUACGGUGUAAACAAAAUUUGAUAAGGAAAAACAUCACCUGACAUGAUAUUGCAAAGAUCAAAAUGUUAUGGUUCUGAUGAGCAAUAUAAAUACUGAUUUUUUUUUAAAUUUGAAAUUGUGGCAUCAUAAUACUCAGUGGAUCAUUAUAAACAAUGUUUAGCUUUACUACUCUCUGUGCUUUUCCAGAUUCAUUAAUUGAUGUAGUGUCAAAAAUUUAUUUGAUUGUAAACCUGGUAAACCAUGAAUGUUCUCAUCUUUAUGAAAAGAUAUUACACCCCAGAAUUCUUAUACAAAAUGUAACCCAUCUUACCUCUUAUCCUUUAGAUUAAACCUUCUUCAAAUGUAAAAUUAUUUGGAAUCGUUUUGUCCAUUAUCCCAAUUUUUGGUUCUGGGAAAAAUAAAGCCUGUAUUGAUCCUGGUUUUUGU